UGAGCACAAGACGCAUGAAGCCAUGGGUUGAAGGCGACGGUGACGGACUGCGGGGACUUUCAACGUGGGAGGGAGCAGAAUUUGCUGUUAUGUAAUGAAUGACAGCGCCUGCUAAUAAGUGGUAAAUCUUAACUAGCGUCCCCCUCAUCCCUUUAAAUGUGUGUUUAGCGGUAAAGUGCCGAUGCCAGAGCUCUUAGUUGCUGAUAUGACCACGGGUAGAGGAUGGAUUGAUGCUCUGCUUCCUCAUUUGUGCAUUUAAACAUAUAUAUUUAAAAUCUUAGUCAAGAAUUAAGGAUAAAUAACUGUAUCCUACUUAAUCCAAAGGCAUGGAUUCGACUUUCCUAACCUCUUGACAAUCUUAUUGUUGUAUCGUUUAGAUUUUUUUUGCAUCAAUCAUGACACUCCAAACAAUUUACCUGCGCCUUGCUGAUGACAAAAUGACUUCUCCAAAUCAGACAAUUCACAGCAACACAAGCUUCUCCUUCAGCUUUGAACUGUCUCCAUGGCUUUGCAUCAUCCUUAAUGUCUGCUAAGAUGCUGUAAUGCUCAUUUUUGCCCCCAUCCUUUGGGAUAUGUAGUCUCCCUGAAAUCCUCAAUCUCCUCACCUCUGUGACUUUCUGUUUCUGAGCAUCCAAAGCCUAUAGCUAAGCUUUAGCAGAGCUUUCGUCGGUCCCUCCCUCCCCCCAACUCAUCAGGGCUGGUGGGGGGGGUGGAUCUCGGCCCCGCGGGGUCGAAACUGUGGCUGGCGGCGGUCGCACCCCAAGAGGGAGGGUUCCCGUCAUGGAGACCAGCCCGGAGAGCCCCAACCGGGCGGUGGAGUACCUCCUGGAGCUCAACAACAUCAUUGAGAGCCAGGCCAAGCUCCUGGAGACCCAGCGCCGGCGCAUCGAGGAGCUGGAGGGCCAGCUGGACCGGGUCAGCCAGGAAAACCAGGACCUGAGGCAGGACCGCAGCCCGCGCGGCCCCGGGUCCGACACCCCCGAGCAGAACCACGACCACGGCCAGCCCCCGUCCCUCCCCGUCGGAGGCGGUGGCGGGAACGGCAGCGGCUCCACAUCUCAGGUGACGGCGGGGGCCGCCACCACGCCCGGACCCGGCAGGGAGAGGAGAAGCCACACCAGGCUGACGCGAGGCCUCUCCCGCAGCUCCUCCACCACCGAGCGAGAGCGGCUGGAACGCACCGACAGCACCGACACCAACGCCAGCUCCACCGUGCGCAGAAAUCCCAGUCCUCUCACCAACGACGGAUUCAGAUUCACACGAAUCCCUUAUCGAUUAGAGCUGCCUUUUCUUCUGCCGUCUGCCUCCCUGGCACCUUCUUCCUCCUCCCUGGAGGGGACUUAG